UUGUGACAUUAGGUAAUGUGCCUGUGGACCGGUCCACGUCGAGACACGUCUCCUCCCCCGCGGAUAGGGUCGAGUUGGUUUGAUCCUACAUGGCGUAAAGUUUCCUUCCGCGUUCAGCACAGUGUCAGCCUGACACAAAGAGGGAAGACGAAGACUGUCAAAAUGACAGACAUGGAAGCUGAUACCGCCACCCACACCGAGGCCGCGGUGGACGAAGAGGAGCCUCUUUUCAGCAACCUGGACCUCUUCCUCUUCUCCCUGAUUGUCGGCCUGGUCAUUUACUGGUUCAUGUCCCGCAAGAAGCCAGAGCCCAUCCCUGAAUUCAAGAAGCUAGACACACCAGCACCCACCACAAGAGAGACCAGUUUCAUAGAGAAAAUGAAGAAAAUGGGCAAGAACAUCAUUGUGUUCUAUGGCUCCCAGACGGGCACAGGAGAGGAAUUUGCCAACAGACUUUCAAAGGACGCUCAGCGUUAUGGCAUGAAAGGCAUGGCUGCUGAUCCCGAGGAGUAUGACAUGGGGGAACUGGCCCGUUUGUCGGAAAUCCCCAACUCCCUCGCUAUCUUCUGCAUGGCCACCUACGGUGAAGGAGACCCAACAGAUAACGCCCAGGACUUCUACGACUGGCUGCAGGAAAACGACGAUGAAGACCUCUCCGGACUAAACUUCACUGUUUUUGCUUUGGGCAACAAGACAUAUGAACACUACAAUGCGAUGGGAAAAUAUGUUGACAAAAGGCUGGAGGAACUCGGGGCCAAGCGCAUCUAUGACCUCGGCAUGGGAGAUGAUGAUGGAAAUCUGGAAGAGGACUUUGUUUCAUGGAGGGAGCAGUUCUGGCCGGCCGUCUGUGAGCACUUUGGAGUGGAAGCUUUAGGAGAUGAAUCAAGCAUCCGGCAGUAUGAACUGAAGGAGCACACAGACCUCAACAUGAACAAAGUGUACUCAGGAGAGAUCGGCCGCCUGAAGAGUUUUGAGGUUCAAAAGCCACCAUAUGAUUCCAAAAACCCUUUCCUUGCUCAAGUCACAGUCAACCGCAAACUCAACAAAGCUGGUGAUAGACAUCUUAUGCAUGUGGAACUUGACAUAACCGGCUCCAAAAUCAGAUACGAGUCAGGAGACCACGUUGCUGUUUUUCCCACUAAUGACACUGGGUUGGUGAACAAGCUGGGACAAAUCCUUGGAGUGGACCUUGAUGUGGUUAUCUCUCUCAACAACCUUGAUGAGGAGUCCAACAAAAAGCAUCCUUUCCCCUGCCCCACCACCUACCGAACAGCCCUCACUCACUACCUGGACAUCACACAUCCUCCUCGCACUAACGUCCUCUAUGAGCUGGCACAGUACGCCUCCGACCCCAAAGAACAGGAGAAUAUGCGCAAGAUGGCCUCCUCCUCACCUGAGGGCAAGGCUCUCUACCAGAGUUGGGUGUUGGAUUCUUGUAGAAACAUCCUCGCCAUCCUGGAGGAUUUACCUUCUUUGAGGCCUCCUGUUGACCACAUGUGUGAGCUGCUCCCUCGCCUCCAGGCUCGCUACUAUUCCAUCGCUUCUUCCUCUAAGGUUCAUCCAAACAGCAUCCACAUCUGUGCCGUAGUGGUGGAGUACGAGACAAAGACCGGCCGCACCAACAAGGGCGUGGCCACCACCUGGCUGAAGAACAAAGUGGUCUCAGACAACGGACACAAGUCCACCGUUCCCAUGUACAUCCGCAAGUCCCAGUUCCGCUUGCCCUUCAAAGCCACCAACCCGGUGAUUAUGAUCGGCCCAGGGACAGGAAUCGCUCCCUUCAUGGGCUUCAUCCAAGAGAGGGGCUGGUUCAAACAGCAAGGAAAGGAGGUUGGAGAAACAUUGAUGUAUUUCGGCUGCAGACAUAAGAAUGAGGAUUACAUCUAUCAGGAGGAGCUGGAGGAAGCAGAGAAGAAUGAGACUCUAACACAGCUAAAGGUCGCUUUCUCCAGAGACCAGGAGCAGAAGGUGUACGUGCAGCACCUCUUAAAGAAAAGUAAGGAGGACAUCUGGAAGCUGGUUCAUACAGAAAAUGCUCAUAUCUACGUCUGCGGGGAUGCAAGGAACAUGGCGAAGGAUGUGCAGACGGCAUUCUAUGAGAUUGCAGAGGAGCUGGGAGGUAUGACACGCACCCAGGCCACAGAUUACGUCAAGAAACUGAUGACCAAGGGACGCUACUCACAAGAUGUCUGGAGUUAAAGAGCCACAGACUUAGCCUCAGUCACACUACUCGAGUGGUGCUUUUAAAUUUUCUAUUUUUUACUGUAUGUCUUGUUGUGUCAGGACUGAAUAUUAAAACAAAAACUUGUUCAUCACCCUGGUUCAUGAGAGCUUCAGGUAGCAGAAGAUGAUGAGGCAAACCCUACCUCAGCUGGUUGUGUUCAAUAAACCCAUUCAGUUAUUUCAUCCAUAUCACCUAUGAACACUACAUUAGGUAUCAGGACCUCCAGCCAGUGUCUGCUGGAGCCCUAACAACAGUUACCUUUUCUGGUUUCAUUCAAAGGCUCUGAUACAUGGAUGAAUUUGAGUUUUUGUGUGACUGCAACUCUGUGCACUUGUCGAUCAGAUGUAAGAUCCCGCUUGUCUUGAGAUUCCUCAAUCAAAAAUUAGGUGGCCUCAGCCUCUGGGUGUAAAUAAUAUGAUUCCAAUGUGAACAUAAAGAUUAUAAAUAAAAAUGUAUAAAUCUGUCUCAGUUUGAUUAACAGGUUGUAGAGCUAAAAGCAAAGCAGAUGUUAUCGUGUUGUAUAAUGAACUAUACGUAAGAAGCGCUGAGGUCAUCCUCAGCAUUAUGAACAUGGAAGGGUGCUGUCCAGAGUUCCUCUCAGAUCAAAUCAAGUACUGCUUUUGAAGUACUCAAAGGUUUUGGAAACAGAAUAAACAUUGAGGGAACUGUUUUUUGUAUGUGGCAUCAUACUCUCGGUACUAUCACAUGUACCUUAAUGUUUGGACAAGGGAUCUUACCUCCUAUGCAUAUGUUGCUGUUUUUUCCUUGAACAGGAACCUUUUGGGAGGGCUAAAAAGUGAUGCAAAGGGGAAGUAUAUUCUUAGAAACAUAAUCAUGAGCUCCUGUGUGUUCUGUUUCCCCAAAAUUCUGCCAUCAAACAUGAUGAGUCUGUAAACUGUGAUGUCUACACAAUGUUCAAACCUGAAUUGUUUGCCUUGAAACUAGAUCUGAAGUUUUCCUUUUUUAUGCAUCUGACAGCAGUUGAUGAUGAAAUGGGUUCGUCAUGUUGCAGUGACACUCGGGACACAUGACACCACCUCUGUUUGAUUGUUAUCCGUAUGUCUUUUUCUAAUUUUAUUUUGUCCAAUCAUAUGCAUCACUACCUGGAGAAGAUGACUAGCGCCUCAUAGCAGUACUUGAGAGUAAAAAUACAAAGUUUGAGGAGGUGAGGAGACCAGUGGAAGUGCAGUCUGUGCCUUUUAACACUGCCUUAUAUUUCAAGUUAGCAUUAAAAUCCUGAUGUGCACUGCCUUUUAACAGUGUUCCUUUUCCCAUGCUUACAUCUUACUGGAAAGUCACUUUACAUAGUACUGUCAUUUUUUACUCAUUCCACUUUAUUAUGUAAUUAUUCAAUUUUAUCAAGGCAUGCAUUUUUUAAUGAAUAAAUUUGAAAUAACAUGUA